CAGCAUACUACGUUUCCGACGUUUUUGACGAAUCGCGCAGGAGUCGCGGCGCCUCCCACCCUCCGUCCGGAACAGAGCCGCUGGAGAGACGCACACAUCGGAGUUCGGUCCGUCUCUGCCUGCUGUUAGCUCACCCCGCAGAAAGGCCACUGCGGGAAGAUGGCGACGGAAAAACAAAAACAUGAAGGAAGAGUUAAAAUUGGACAUUACAUUCUCGGCGACACGCUCGGCGUAGGGACGUUCGGAAAGGUUAAAGUUGGCCAACAUGAGCUUACCAGACACCAAGUGGCAGUAAAGAUCUUGAACAGGCAGAAGAUCCGCAGCUUGGAUGUGGUGGGAAAGAUUCGACGGGAGAUCCAAAACCUCAAGCUUUUCAGGCACCCUCACAUAAUUAAACUGUAUCAGGUUAUUAGCACCCCCACAGAUAUCUUCAUGGUGAUGGAGUAUGUCUCAGGGGGAGAACUCUUCGAUUACAUCUGCAAAAAUGGAAAGUUGGACGAGAAGGAGAGUCGGCGACUGUUCCAGCAGAUCAUUUCAGCGGUAGACUACUGCCACAGGCACAUGGUGGUGCACCGAGACCUCAAACCUGAAAACGUGCUGCUCGACGCGCACAUGAACGCCAAGAUCGCAGAUUUUGGUUUGUCAAACAUGAUGUCAGAUGGCGAGUUCCUGAGAACAAGCUGUGGUUCUCCAAACUAUGCUGCACCUGAGGUCAUCUCAGGAAGAUUAUAUGCUGGUCCAGAGGUGGAUAUUUGGAGUAGCGGUGUCAUUCUUUAUGCCUUGCUGUGCGGGACACUUCCCUUUGAUGAUGAUCACGUGCCAACUCUCUUCAAAAAGAUCUGCGAUGGGAUCUUUUUCACCCCACAGUAUCUGAACCCUGCAGUAAUUAGCCUCCUCAAACACAUGCUGCAGGUAGACCCAAUGAAAAGAGCCACCAUCAAAGAGAUCCGAGAGGACGAGUGGUUCAAACAAGACCUACCAAAGUACUUGUUUCCUGAAGACCCCUCCUACAGCAACAAUAUGAUCGAUGACGAGGCCCUGAAGGAAGUGUGCGAGAAGUUUGAAUGCACAGAAGAAGAGGUUUUAGCCUGCAUAUACAGCCGCAACCACCAGGAUCCACUAGCUGUCGCCUACCAUCUCAUCAUUGACAAUCGCCGCAUCAUGAGCGAAGCCAAGGACUUCUACUUGGCGUCCAGCCCUCCGGACUCGUUUCUGGACGACCAGCACCUGACCUCCUCUGGUGCAGCCGUCGCUGGCAUCAUCAAGCCGCACCCUGAGCGCGUCCCCUUUCUCGUGGCAGAGACCCCCCCGAGGCCUCGUCACACACUGGAUGAGCUGAACCCCCAGAAGUCUAAGCACCAGGGCGUCAGAAGGGCCAAGUGGCACCUGGGUAUCCGCAGUCAGAGCAGGCCCAACGAUAUCAUGACAGAGGUGUGCCGUGCCAUGAAACAGCUCGAUUACGAGUGGAAGGUGGUGAAUCCAUAUUAUCUGCGUGUGAGAAGGAAGAAUCCUAUCACUGGGAUGCAAACCAAGAUGAGCCUUCAACUCUAUCAGGUGGACAGUAGAACCUACCUCCUUGACUUCCGUAGCAUAGAUGAUGAUAUGUUGGAGGCAAAAUCUGGAACUGCUACCCCUCUCCGCUCCGGCUCUUUGGGCAGCAAUCGCAACACUAUUAAGAACGAUGUCGAUGGGACAGAUGCUGCAGCCACAUCUAGCACUGUGCAGCCCACAAAAACUGCUGAAGGCUCCCUGGCUUCAUCCCUGACCUCAUCCAUCGACUCGACGGGGGGCGGGGACAUCAUGGCUGUCCCUCGACCCGGAAGCCACACCAUCGAGUUCUUUGAGAUGUGUGCAAAUCUUAUUAAACUACUUGCACGAUAGCUUGCAAAACAAUCAUAGCUAGCCUUUUCUAUUCUCUGAGUGUCUUUAUAGCAAUAAGCAUGCAACCGAUUCAUGGCUCAGUUCAUCCUGACUGAGGAUGAAGUGAUUGUUCCGUGGCACUGACGCAGGAUGGUGCUCCCUACGCUGAAGGGACGUACACUGAGCUUAAUGGGUGUGGAAGGGUUUUAGGGGAAAAAGGAAUGAGAAGCGCCAUCACUUGCAGGGACAGAACAACAUUUAGGAAGGGGUCUUAGAAUUUUUUCUGAUCAAUUAAACGCCAGACGUCCACAUCCCGCCGUUAGACAUAUGCAGAGGUUAUUACACUGAAGGUUCUGUACUGUAACCGGUGAGCGUGCUCACCCGUACAGACGACGAGAUCACCUGUACCUGCAGGAGAGAGGGCGCCAGGCGGGGGUUGAGAGUUUGAUGGCAGUCAUAGGAUGCAGGAAGCACUUUUGCACAAAUUUUGUUUUUAUUUCCUGCUGCUCAUUGUCUCUCAGUGGGGAUCAGAGAGGUAGUGCAGACGUACAUGCCUGUCACGUUCAUUGGACUGAAGAAGUGCGGUGACCCCUGUAUUUCUGCCAUGUGUCAGGGACAAGACUGCUUCUUCACAAUUUUUUGGGGGGGUUUCUGCUAAUCUUUAAUGCAAAGACUACAUGUACAUCAUUUUGUCCUCGUUGUAAACAAUUGUUUGAAAUUGUCUGUCCCCUUUUUUAUAUAUAAAGUCAAAUAUUUAUCAGUUCAUAAAGUGGAUGGAGUGUUGGUUCUAAUAGAAUGUGUCCUUUUUUCCUUGCAUUAAGCUCUAUUGCUGGAUGGUAUAUACAUAUAUAUAUUUUUUAAUUUACUGUUUUUAAGUCAAUGUCACAGUUUUUCUUUUCAUCAAUCACAAAUAUUCUGAUACUUGAUUGUCUUUCCAAAAAAACUUAAACCUGCUUUUAAAGUUGAAGAGGUGUUUUGCUAUGACAGUCAACAUCUAAAAGUGUAUAAUUUUCAGUGUUGUAUUCAAUGUCAAAUUGAUUUUGACUUUAUUUUUUUCUUUGUUUUUUUUUCAUUAUUAUUAUGUUUGAGUAGGAUUUGAGUGUGAUUACUGAUUGAAAUGCCUUUUGCUUAAAUUCAUUUCAUAAAUGCCAAUCCAGCACGUGUACAGGCCCCAGGGCCCAAUUUUAAGGAGGAGUGGUAGCAAUUUAAUGCUGUGCAUCGACAGUGUCUGUUUGGCAGGGGAAUACACCCAUAAUAUAGCCACCAUCUGACAUGGUUAUGAUGAUUUUUUUUAUUGCUUUCACAUUCUUUUCAAGAUUUACCU